AUGAAUGGAAUUACUUCAGCACGAGUGUUCACGAGUCGUCCAGCUUUAUACUCACUGCGCGAGGAUGAUUUGGAUUACGAUGUGACGAACUGUUUUCACCGAUUGCUGGCAGUUUUCGCUGAAGCGUUGGCUGCCGUUCGAGUGAAAUACAACAUUGAACACCGCAAUAAUAAGGGACUCGCGAUGCUGGGAAUUCAAGAUUUCACAUUCACCAAUCUGUGGCAAAAUCAUGCGUUCAAUUUCGUCGAGGAGAUUGAUUAUCUCACCUUCCCAUCACCAAUGUCAACAGAUGUAGUGUACAUUGGAUCACACUGUCCCAUAGCUAAGCGCUUGCCUGACGAUCUACGAGAAUUCACUGAGGAUGCAAGUUCGAAAGGAACAAUUUAUAUCGCCUUUGGUACAGCUGUGCAAUGGCAUUCAGCACCUGAAUAUGUCACGAAUGCAUUCAGAUAUAUGAUUGAAAACUUGCGGGAUUAUAGGAUCCUUUUCGUUUAUAAUGGAAAUUCAUUCGGCGAACUCCCCGAGCAUGUAAACGUCCUUAAAUGGGCACCACAAUUUGAUGUAUUAUCGCAUAAUAAGACCAUACUGUUCAUAAGUCAUGGUGGACUGAAAAGCGUCAAAGAAGCGAUCUGCACAUCAACGCCAGUUGUUUAU